AUGACAGAGGACAAUCGUAAGGAGACCCUUCUCUCGGCGGAUCCAGACUGCCAGAUAUCUCUGCAUGAGUCAUCUGGCCUCGCGUUGAGUUGCUGCAACAUGUCGCAGCCAUGCACUUCGCCGUCAGACACUGACGGCGUGCAACAGCAGCAGGCCUCACGGCAAGGGUAUAGACAGCUUUUUUUCGACUGUAAGUUGCAUUUGGUGCUUCAGCAACUUCUCAGCAAGAACAAAGCUGGGAGGCCCUCUAAAAGUGCGAAUCCUGCAUCAGAUGGGGCCCUACUUGAGACGCAAAGUGACCCAGAAGCAGAACUCUCUGACACCGAAGUAGCUCGCCUGAUGCGGCAACACCUGAAUAUUCUAAUAUCCAGUCAAAAUGCAACGAAAGCUGAAGUUGUGAAGGCAGCCAAGAUCCUGGAGCAGCGCUUUCUGCAGCCGGAAAUUACCGCGGCACAUUCUACAAAGACAGAAGAACAGACGUCAACAGCUACUCCAUCUGACUGGGAUUUGCGGCCCCCUGCUUCAGCUGAUCACGGGGAAAGAGCAUCACUGAAGGCCUCACAAGCUAUUAGGGAAAAAAAAGGAAACUGCCCAACCCACAGGCCUGCCUGUACACCGGAGAGCCCAGCCAGCGACACAGAGCACAACAUCACAGGGCUGCGCCUCUCACAGACCCAAGACGCGCAAAUGGGAUGUCAUUUUUCCGCUUCUGAAGGGCUGGCAGAGAGUACAAGGUUCAGCGCUCCUCAGGGUGAAGAGCAUUCCGCCGAUAUGGGUGAGGAACCCAGAAAGAAGCUUUGCCGGGGGGUGUUUCGUAGCGCUUAG